GGGAGUGAAGGAGCGAGGGAGUGGGAGCCACAAUCGGACUCCGAAGACGAGACCAGAGCCCGAAGAAACUGAAGCAACGAAACCCGGAAGGGAAUUUCACGCAGAUUUGAAGCGGAUGGCGACAUCAUCACAUCAGGGCCGAGUUCCUGACGCCACCGGCUCUCCAAUUGCAGCCCUCCCAUUCCGAGCUCCAGCCUUCGUCGUCUCUUAGGGUUGUCAACUUGGAAUCGGGACUGAACUCUCGCAUCUGAUGGUUGCAAUUGGGUCAUCACUUGGUUGCCGCUUCACUUGCGUAUCGGUAUGUCAGGAUGUCGUGCCCUUUCGAGGAUUGUCGGGCGCUAUGAAGGGUUUUGGUGUUAGAUACGAUUUGGGGAGUGAAUCUGAAACUGAGGGGAGGUGAGGUGAGAUGAGGUGAGCGCUGUUUGCGGUAGCGUGCGCGCAAAGUUUUCUAGGAGGUGAAGGGCUUUGGCGUUGUGGCGAUGUGAUUUUGAUGGGUAUGGACGUCAUACUUGUGUUGACGCCGGGGGUUGUGCUCAAAUACAAAUUCGACGUUUCACAAUCGAUUUGGUUACAUCCUCCAGGAGAAUAUUUUCAACUGUGAAGAAUGCGCGAAUAGCAGGGGAGUAGUUGCUGUUUUCACGUAGGUUCAAGUGUUGGAGUGGAGGAGGAUGGAGCAGCCGACCGAAGAAAUGGAAGGAAUGCUUACUUUCUGUGAUUACAAUGGUUUGAAUGAUAGGUAUCUUAGUGCAUGCGAAAGGCAUGGCACAGUCCCUCAUGGUGCAAUAUCUGCUGCUUUCGACAAGGUUCGUUCUCAGCAUGCGAAGAAGGAGAAACAAACUCUUGAACUUCUAUUGGAUCAAAUUCCAGAGACUGAUAUGGAACCUCUUAUUGAGAUGUUGUCAGCAGUUGAAAGUUCAGAUUUAGACGCAGUUGAUGUUGUCUUUAGCAGCACAGUAUCGAAUCUGAGAUGGCCACUUCUAGUCCAAAUUUUGCGAUCUGCGGGCUCCAAGCUUCGCAUGGCAGAUUUGAGAGACAACGUUCUUGGACGAGAGGCUGUGAGAGAGUUAUUUCAAGGUGGUUUCAACUGUCAGAGUUUGGAUCUUAGUUUCUCACGCAUUCGGAAACUGGAGAUGUUGGGAUACUUUCCCAACUUACACACCCUAAAGCUUGACUACUGCUUCCCAGUUACUUGCUUACCUCUGGGGUGCUUUAGUGCCAUGCCUAAGCUGACGAAGCUUUCCAUGUGUGGCACUAAAGUUAUGAACCUGUGGACGACAAGUGCAGCUUUACGGAAGCUUUCAGCUUUGAGGGAGCUUCGUUUUCAAAAGUGUUUAUGUUGUCAAGGGACAGGCCAGUGCGCAGCUUUGGCAGCUUGUCUGCAAAAUGAUGGAGUUAGUUGGCGGGAGGGGCGCUUAUACCAGGGUGGCGCGGAGAGAACUCAGCCCAGGCAGUGGGCGCCACCUCCUGCAAGGGGUGGAGAGGAGUACGAGUCUCAUGGUUCUGCUCCCUCUGACUUUUCAGGAAGUGAAGAUGAUUCAGAGCAUCUAUUCACAGAUGCAGAAUCAGAAGACAGUCAUUUAUCUGGUAACUCAAGUGGAGAAUCUGUAGAAGACAGCGAUGUCGAGCAGGCUGUACCAAGUGAGAGCCAGGACAUGGACGUUGUCAGAGAGGGUAAUCCGAACUACCACAAUCUCAUUAGAGAGAUAAGUGAAGAUCGAGGUGACCCGUAUAGUGGAAACACCAUCGCAGAUGAAGAUCUUCGUUCAGUCUCUGAACAGCUUGUGACAUUUUUAAGCGAGGAUGACGGAGGCAACUUUGAUAGGCAUUCGAUUUUAGACCUUAUUAAUCUGGAUGAUUCUAGUAUUCUACCAGAGUCUGUGACUUCAAUUGAGGGAAUCUUAUCUAAUGCUUCUGUCAGAAGACGAGAGGAUUUGGAAACUGAUGACUCUGACAUAACAAUGUUGGAAGCACUUGAGAGAGUAGUUGCUACAAGGACCAAUAAUUCCUCUAGAGAAGCAGCUGCCUUUAUUCAAGAGUCCAACCGGAGGAGCACUUUCAGACUAAGUGACGGCGGUGGCGAAGGGGCUAGUGAACGUGGAGCAGAAAGCUCUGGAGAAGAUGGGGAGGAGCCCUGUCCUAUAACCACUCCAGCAUCAAAUCUUGCAUGGGCCUUGCAUGGUGCCCGUCAUGCAUCACCUAUCUGCUGUGAGAAGGGAUACCGAGAGUUUAUGAUUACAAUGCUGCCUGCGCUUCAAGUCCUAGAUAAUGUGGCCGUAACGGAUAGCGAAAGAGAAAGAGCUCGUUGCGUCUUUGAGGAGCGGUUUGAGCCAUUAGCCAAUGGUCGUAGGGUGAAGGAGAAUAUUCUCAAGAUUAUCAAGCUGCGGGAAACAGGUGGUUUUGGUAUUCGAGCUCCUUGUGAUAGCAGGUUAGGAUACAUUGACGAUAAGAGGAGUCCUGCUGAGUACAUUCGGUCUUUGUCUGCUGCCAAAAUGGGAACUAGUGCAUGGCCGGCAACCGAGUCCAUAUGCCGUUCGAAAAAACCAAAUUUAUAUGGUGGAAGACGAUGUCGACCACGCCAGUUUGAGUAUCAUCCCACAGAACCAAGCUAUAUGGUUUUUGGAACUGUUCAGGGAGAGGUGGUGGUUAUUAAUCACGAGAGUGAUAAGGUGGUGGGAUAUGUACAAUCGAUUGGUGCUCCACACAGUAUUCUAGGACUCUGUUGGUUAAACAAAGACCCAAAUAAGCUGAUUGCUGGAUCAGAGAAUGGAUGCCUUCAACUCUACGAUGUAAACCACAUGCGAGCCUCUAUGAUAUCGGCUAAUAGACGGAAUGCGUCUUCGAGUGCUUCCAGUAGGUAUCAAUCUCAGGGAAAUGGGGGUUCGGGUCGACAAUCUCUGUCUGGGAGCUUUGGCAGCAGAAGUAUGAGGAGCCCCACAAUCUACACAUAUGAUGCUUUUGAGCAGUUUACAUCUGUUCACAUAAACUCAACAGAUGAUUAUUUUGUAGCAAGUGGAUAUUCCAAUCAUGUGGGUCUUUAUGAUCUUCGCACUGGCACACAAUUGCAAAUCUUUCGUGACCUUCAUAAAGAGCAUAUCAAUGUGGUGAAGUUUGCGAAUCAUUCCCCUCAGAUAUUUGCUACUUCAUCAUUUGACAAGGAGAUUAAGAUGUGGGAUUUAAGACAGAAAGUUACGCAGCCUCUAUACACUGUUAGGAGCAACCGAGGCAACGUUAUGGUUUGUUUUUCUCGUGACGAUCAUUAUCUGCUUUCGUCAGCUGUUGAUAAUGAGGUAAGACAACAUUUGGCAGUAGAUGGGAGACUUCACAUGAAGUUUGAUAUAACUCCCAAGGGAAGCAAUCAAAAUUACACUCGCUCUUACUAUCUCAAUGGUCGCGACUACAUCAUUAGUGGCAGUUGCGAAGAAAAUGUGGUUCGUGUUUGUUGUGCUCAAACGGGCCGGCGGCUUCGAGAUUUAGCAGUGGAGGGUCGAGGACUGAGAAACUCUUCGUACGUACAAUCACUGCGAGGUGAUCCUUUCAAGGAUUUUCACUUUUGUAUGCUCGUGGCUUAUAAUCAUCCACAUUCAAGAUCAGAAAUUGUCAAGGUUAAUUUGCUUGGAGGCGAAUUUCGAGGGGAAGACCAUGAAUCUCAAUCUCAAUGUAUGCCUUUCACUGGAAUGGGUGCUUGAGGAACGAUUGCAUCCAAUCUUGCACUUUGUCGUGAUCACAAUAUCGUGCGUCGUGUACAUAUACUGAAGGAUAGACCCUAAACCCUUAAAGCAGAGCGGAUUGUGCUCUUUAGUUUGGUAUGCAUGGAUGUUUCACCGGGCUGUCUGUUCCGCAAUAUUUCACGAUCUACUCAUUCAUCGCAAUUGAUGCUAGGUACAAGCCAAAUGUUAUUGUAGAAGGUGAUUGGUAAUCCCACUUGGUGAACUAUUUUUCUUCUGUAACACUAAGACAUUAAAAAUCAUUACAUUUUUCAUUUUAAGUCCGUGGAUGGACAUUAUUUGGUCCA